AUGGACAUAGCUCUGCUUCGAAUGACCCACAGCGUUCAAUUUACAGAUUACAUCAGGCCGAUCUGUCUGCUCAUAAAUGAACCUGUGGUAGGACAUUUUAACGAUUUUAAGGUGACUGGUUGGGGUCAGACUGACUGGAGGGAUAGCUCUAACGGGUCCCGGAUACUUCAGACAGCGACUGUAAUCCAUCGGAAUCGUUCGGAAUGUUCGGAACUUAUUGGCAUAAAUCUGGAUGCUUACGAAAUAUGCGCCGGAAAUUCAACCUCUGACUCAUGUAAAGGAGAUGGAGGAAGCCCGUUAAGCGCAGAGCUCAAAUAUGGGCCAACUUCUCGGGUUUUCCAGUUCGGUAUUGUCAGCUAUGGAACGACAUUCUGUCAAGGUCCAAGUGUUUACACCAAUGUUACGCACCAAAUGAACUGGAUCAAGGAUACCAUUUUGGAAAAUUCGAUUCUUCUGUAA